AUGGUAAUCUGGAAUCUCUGGCAGAGGCGUCUGGCAGUUCACAGAGGACAAGGGACAAUGGCUGGUGACAGCAAGAAAACUGUCCUCAUAACUGGGUGCUCAUCGGGCAUUGGGCUUCAGAUUGCAGCUCAGCUGGCAAAGGAUCCUCAAGAACGUUACUAUGUAAUAGCCACCAUGAGAGACCUGGGGAAGAGUGGCAAGCUGGAAGCAGAGGUGGGAGAGUUUCUCAACAAGACUCUGGUGAUCAGACAGUUGGAUGUGACCAAAGAGGAUUCAGUCAAGCAUUGUCUGGAUGCCCUUCCGGGUCAGAGGAUUGACAUCCUGGUGAAUAAUGCGGGCGUUGGGCAGAUUGGGCCUAUAGAGAGCUUGUCCAUGGAGGACAUGAGGAAGGUGUUUGAAACCAAUUUUUUUGGGGUUGUGCAUCUGAUUAAAGCGGUCCUUCCUGGGAUGAAGAAACGUGGGAGCGGCCAUAUUGUGGUAAUCAGCAGUGUUGUGGGACUUCAAGGGGUGAUAUUCAAUGAUAUUUAUUCUGCAUCAAAAUUCGCCAUUGAGGGAUUCUGCGAAUGUCUGGCUGUCCAACUGUUAAAAUUUAACAUUUUUGUCUCCAUGAUAGAACCAGGCCCUGUGAACACAGAGUUUGAGAUGAAGCUAAUGGAAGAAGUGUCCCGCUCCGACUUCCCUGGUGCAGACGCUGACACCAUACGCUACUUUAAAGACAUCUAUCUCCCUUCAGCCCAUGAGAUCUUCUCCAGCAUAGGGCAGACACCUGAGGCAGUGGCAGAGGCAACAGUGAAAGUGAUUGGAAUGCGACAGCCGGUGUUUCGUCAUCAAACCAAUGUUCUCUACACCCCACUUACGGCCAUGAAGUAUGCUGACAACACUGGGAAUCUAUCGAUCAGGACCUUCUAUAACCUGCUCUUCAACUACGGCACCCUCUUCCACUUCAGUCUUGGCUUCUUGAGGUGCAUCACCUGCAACUGCUUCCGUAGGAGGGUGAUGCCGGUGUGAAGAUGCCAUGGUGCCAACAGUGACCAGUUAGCACCUAUUUGUCAUGCUUUCCCUAAUGCAAACAGCUAUUGUUUGCAGUGCUUUUCAUUACAGUUGAAACAGGGCAAGAUUGUCCUCUGCUUCUUUUGUAUGGAAAGAUGCUUCAUAGAGCCCUCAAGACUUUUCCUCGGCACACAAUGACAAAAUGAUGACGCAAAUAACCUUUUUUUUAAUAGAUUGUGUCGUUGAAUCUCCUUAACAAAAUAAUUUUGUCUGCAUAGGGUUCUAAUUUAUUUCCCAGCAUGCAAAGCUUUUGCAACUCAAGCUCAACUGACUGGUGCUCAGCAAUGAAAGGUUGUGCCAGCUGCAUCACAGAAGGCAUUUCCUGGGGAAGAUCCUGCCCUUUUUGCCAGGUUCAUUAUUCAUUAUGCACAUGGCUGAAUCCAAUAUCACAGACUUAAAUUAUAUACAGUGAGACACUAACCCUUCUUCUCUUUCCUUCUCACUAACUUUAUGAACAGCAGGUGGCGCUGUUGU